AUGGCGACGUCUCGAAUAACCUAUUUUACUGCAGAAAGGGAACUAGUCCUGGACUUGUUUUCCCCCUUCUGCAGUAACCAGCUGGCUGAAGAGGGUGUAAAGAAUGAAGAAAAGUACAGAAGAAAUGUGAUUAAAAAGUCUAAGGUAGAGGGCAAAGAGCAUGUAAACUGGAAAGGCAAAACUGUACCUGCAAAAAAUCCAGGCUCCAAUGUUUGCAGCUGCAAGUCCAACUGCCUUCAAAGCUUUUCGGAGGGAGAUAUGAUAGAAAUAUUUUCAAAACUACAUAAUAUGACAACCAAAGUAGAACAGGACAUUUUCAUCCAAUCUCUAAUGGAAGUUAGUCCUGUUGAAAGAGAAAGAUCCAGGCCUGGGUCAUCAUCUGAAAAGCCGAAAGCUUUUAGUGUAAGCUAUUCCAUUUCUACACAAUGGCAAACGCACCAAGAUUAA